CUCGUCUCUCUCAACUCUACUCCACUACAGCUCCAACUUGCUCCGCGUGCUCCACAGACGACAUCACAAGGUCCAGUUUAGCAUUUCGGUAACAGUCGGUACAGUGCUCGUUUGCGUCUCUCGAUUGGGCCUGGUACGUCAUUUGGCCGCACGAGGUCACACUCUCCCUCGCUCGCUCGCUCGUCCCCCGCACGCACGCCGCCGGGGCAUCCGGAGCUGCGGCGGUGUAGCUCGCCGCACCCACCCACACCCACCCAGCCACUGUUAUUGUGCACCCUCGGUGGCCGCCCCCCCUCUUCCGGCCCCUCGUCACAAUGUCCCAUACUCCAAUCUCGCGCUCUUCCACCCCAUCGCGGCUUCACAACCGAGCGUCAUCAGCAAACAUCAAGCCCAAAGUGCUGCCAUUCCCCGAUCUGGGGUCACGAACGAGCUUCAGUAUGAGCAGAGAGCCAAGCAGGGCAACAUCGCCCAUCGGAUCACCUGGCUUGGCCUCUUCAAGCAAUAAUAGCACAGCAAACAAUAGCAGCAUUGCCAUCGCAUCACAAGGUCAUUAUUUGGCCUCCUCACCAUCAUCCCUCAACGUUACUUAUGCAGACGGCACAACCUCGCCACCAGCAUCCUCGUCGCGUCUAGCGCAAUCAGCAUCGCCCACAAACGCAUCACCACUAGCGCUCGCUACUCCCCGUCCCCUGCGGCCAAGAGCAGCGACAACCUCGGCUCAGGGGUCCACACUCGCCCACCUGCUCAGCAGAAACGAUAGCUUCCCCGGCCCUUCGUCUAGGCCGAGCACGCCAGCUGCAGCGAUGGCGACAACAGCCGUCGCACCUGUUGUCGCCGUCUCACAUACCGCCGCCUCCGCCGCCGCUGGUAGCAGUACUGGUCUGACGGGCAUCCUCAUCUCAAGUUCCCCCGAGCGGUCGGCACCGCCCAACCCACCACCACCACGCGACCCCUCGCCUCCUCGUGCGACACCACGCGAGACACCACGGCCAGCCCCGCCCAUGCCAACCAAGAAGCAGUCCAACCCACCCAACCCCUUACCCGCAUCUAUUGCUGUCACGCCGCCUCCUCCGCCCGGCACUCUUGUCGAGCACCUGCAUCGCUCGUUUAAGAGCGGUGCCUGUGCCGAUGUGCGACUCUGGGUCAGGAAAUGGGGCGUCGGCUGGCAUGUACACAAGAUGGUGCUGGUGCAGGCAGGCUUCUUCCACUCAUUGUUCAUGGGUGCAUUCUCGGAGAAUGCUCCUGCAUCGUUCAAAGCAAAAGGCAAGGCCGAGGCUACGUUAAAGCCGAGCCUGGACGACGACGACUGGGCUGGCGAGGACAUUGAGCUUACCUUUGACGACCCGAACAUCACGCGCGCGGCCUUCGAGAUCUGCCUCUCAAGGCUGUACUCGCCCUAUCCGCUGCUUCACUUCCCGCUGUCGCUUCUGCCGACAGCCGCCCAGCCCCUCACCCCCUCGUACCCUCCGACGACCGAGUUCCCGUCCCUUCAGAGCGCAUACCACAGCAUGGCCCAGAACAAUCACCUCGUUUCGCCGCGUCUGCUUCUUUCGCUCCUCGCGACGGCGACUUACCUUGGGCAGCAGUACUUGCUUCGCGAGGUGCUGGCUAUUGUCCUGCGAACCGUCGGGCCGGCCACAGUUGGCCGUUAUCUCAGCUUUGCUGUCGGCAAUGGCGUCGGCGACGAGGAAUGGGCCGGACAGGACGAUGAGGGUGCCUACGGUCUCGAGACGAUUGCGCGCACGUUAUCCUCUGGCUUCACCGCCCACGCCGAGAGCGACGAAUGGGUCAGUGAGAGUGACGAAGGCGACCUCCCCGAUCUCCCUGGCGCACCGGCUGGCCACCGCAUGUCCACCGACUCCAACGUCGACGAUGUCGUCGCCAAGGUCUCGGACGUGUCGGUUUCGCGCUCGGCGUCGGUUCGCUCCAGCAGCACGCUCCGACCUGGUGGCAGCAGUGUCCUGGUUCAAGUCGAGGAGGAAGGCGACGCCCACGAGCCUCCCCUGCCCCACUUCUACGGCUUCGUCUCCAACAAGCUUGGCGAGGCGUGCGUGUGUUGGUUGUCCCGAUGGGGUCUGGACACGCUCAACAUCGAGGCUUCUCUUCCGGAGACCAUGUCAGACGCGGAUCCCGACACUCCACCUGUGUGGGGCCAAGGCGGCAUUCCUGCCAACUUUGUGGCGGCGCUCUUGUCGUCCGACGCCUUGUUCGUGCCGAAUGAGAUGGAACGAUACCGCAUGGCACGACAAGUCCUUGAUUUGCGUCGCGCAGGCUGGACGGCGUACGCCGAGGAGCAGCCCGACUCGUCCAACGUCUCAGAAGCCGACAGCAUCGAAGGCUGGGAGGAGGACGAGCGCGAGCUGGCCAAGGUCUUUGCCGAGGGCAUUUACUACAGCCACAUGACGUUUGACGACCUCUCCUCCAUCUCGAGCGACGUCGACCCGACCACCGCCCUGCCGUACGCGCCGCUCUCGGUUCUUCAGGCGGCUCACUGGUCUGCGGCGGACCUCAAGAGUCGUGUGCUGAACGAGAAGGUGCCUGCUUCGGUGCUCGAGGGGGAGCUCGGCCUCACGCAGUCGACAUCCGAACUCUGCGCUGUCUACGCUCGUCGCCGUGGAUCGCGUCGCGCAGGCAGCCCGUACGAUUCAGGCAUGCGGAGCAGCAUCUCCUUCUCGUCGCUGUCGCUCGGCGCAAACCGCAACAGCGCAGGCCCGGCAUUCCACCCCGUUCCCUCGGACGACACUCAUCGUAUUGGCGCUGGCGGCCUCUUAUUCUUCGACUCCAAGGUCGCCGCGUCUGCUCCGCUGCCUGGGAUCCCUGGCCUUCCCGACCACGGACCAGAGUGGGGCGACGACACAGCCACCAAGGGCAAGUCCCGCCCACCGCCUCAGAACGAGAGCAGCUUCUUUGGUGUCAUCCGUGGCGCGAAGACUGGCCCCGAGAUCGAGGACAAGUUCCGCGAGGACGGCGGUCUGCUCGUGCCUCUGCCCGGUAUGGACAAGACCAAAGAGGACAAGUGGUCCAAGAUGGAGCCCUUCCGCUUCUCUGUCGAGUUCUGGGGAGUCGACAAGCUGGCCGAGAAGGAGAGGCUGUACUCCCAGACCCACUUCUACGCUGGCAGCUACUUCAACGUCUACGUCUCCACCAUCCGCAAGAAGGACAAGGGUGUACAACUGGGCAUCUACUUGCACCGCCAGUCGCCAACCGAGCCAUUCCCGGUCGUGUCCACGUCACCGGUCGGGGUCACCAACUCUACUGGCGCGACUGGUGUCACAUUUCAUUCGUCUGACGCGCACUCUACCGGCAUCAACUCGGCCGGCACGUCUCCAGACGAGCCAAGCGCGGCUAACCCCAUGGCGUCGACGCUGUCCCUCGUCCCGCCCCAAAUGGCGAGCGUCUACCGCACCAUGUCGAUCUCGCCCCCGCAACUAGGGUCACCUCCGGCCCACCACGACUCGCUUUCCGACGGCGAGGUCCGGACCCAGGCGUCCGGCGGCUAUCUCGACCCGAGGAGAGUCACCAAGGCAUACUUCUCCAUCUCGUGCGCCUCGGCGCUUGGUACCGCUCUUGUUCGGUUCUCGUCCGCACCGGACAGCUUUGCCCUCUCCCAGUCUUGGGGCUGGAAGUCGUCGGCCCUCCGCUCGGAGGAGUACCUCUCUGUCCCUGUUCCAGCGGACAAGGAGGGAGGGGAGAGCACACUCGGCUGGGUCGGCGAGAGCCCCGAGGGCGGCAGCCUCAGAGCCACUGUUGUUGUUGGCAUCAUUUAAAACGCACUCAAGCUUGUUCGGAUUCACGAAAGCUGUUGUACGCGAGCACACGCAUAUACAUUGGGACAUUGGGGUCUCGAGGUUUAGGAUUGUACAUGUAGGCUGACUAUGCAGCACCUCUACUCUGCA